AUGCAGAAAGUAAUCCAACGAACCGCAAUGGCGGAGCGCCAAGCAGCGCGCAAAGAUCUCCUCCGCACGCAGAAAGUAGCCAAAGAAGCCCGCGCAAUCAACCGCGCCCAACGCGACACGAUCCGCACACUCGAGAUCAAAGCCAUCAAAGACGCGCAAAGGGCGCGGCGAGAAGACUGGGAACUCGGGCCCCUAGCCCCGCGGCGCGAUGUCGGAGACCUCAAGGACACAUACGGCACGCUUGACCCGCGGCGGCUGAGCGCAGUGAAGCCGGAGCCGAAGGACAAGAUUCAGUAUCAUAAUAUUGUCGAGGGCGAUCGGGUGGUUAUGAUCAAGGGGCGGGAUAGGGGCAAGAUUGGGGUCGUGACUGAGCUGGAUGAGGAGAGCGAUACCGUGACCGUGAAGGGGUACAAUCUGGUCGACGUCCCCGUCCCCGAAUGGAUGCGCAAAGUCAACGCCGACAAGCGCCCCGUGAUGUCCAUGCCCCAACCCAUCUCCAUCCACGACGUACGUCUCGUCUACGCCCUCCCCGAUCCCGAGACCCGCAUUCCGCGCGACGUGGUCGUGGCCAAGCUCGAAGCCUUCAACACCAAGAAGCCCUGGCAGAGGCGCCACAAGGAAGAAGAAAAGCACGACCGACGGAUCGCAGGCACAAACACCAUGAUCCCGUGGCCCGAGCGCACGAAGCCCGACGAAGUCGACAACGAGGUCGAUACGCUGCGCAUCACGGUCGAGGAGAAGACGUUCGUGCCGCAGCUGCUGAGCCCGCCGUUUCCCAAUAGCGUGAUCGAUGAGCUGCGGAAUAAGUAUAGUGUCUUCCGUACAAGACACGACGAUGAGUUUAUCGCGCAGAAGGAGCAACAGGAUGAGGAGGCGGAGGAGAAGAGGAGGAGUGGCGUGGUGAUGAGAACGCCGCUGCAGGAGCUGCAUGCGAGGGAGAGGAAGGCGAGGAAGGCGCAGGGGAAGCCGGAGUUGAGCGAGGGGAUGUUGGCGAAGCUGGGGGAGAUUAUAGAAGCCAAGAGGGAGGCGGACAAGAAGGCGGUGGCGGAGAGGGCGGCGAUGAGGGAAGCGAGAAAUGCCGCAAGGAGGGCGGCACAAGAGCUGCAGGCUGGUGCAUCGUAA